ACGCCAACACGUUCGAGCAUGCCUACUACGCUCGAACAUAAACAAAGGCAGGACGCUGCGCUGCAAUUAACUCUACUUUCCUGUAAUUUUAUAUGCUAACUGCCGAAAAUUGGAGAGCGACUUAUUUCUGGAGCCAUGGAAAACGCAUUAUUGAUGCGAGUGAGCGUUUUUACCGACCAAGGAGGCAGGAAAUACAUGGAAGAUGUGACCGAGGUUAUAGUAGAGCCCGAGCCGGGAGAGGACGAGCCGACGUCGGGAGAGCCGGAGGAUAGCAGCAGGGGAGACUGCUCGGUCAGUUUGCUGCAUGGGGACGCGCAUCCAGACCGGACGGGUGAAAUCGAGGAGUCCUCGCUUGUUUCAGAUGCAUUGUGCGAACCCGAGCGAACUGACGACCUAAAUAUAUCAGUGGAAACAUCCCUGCAGGGGGGUCAGAGCCCGCCGGGAGCUGAGACGAGCACCGCGACUCGUUCCCGCCGUUCCGUCGCGUUCUUCGCUGUGUUUGACGGGCACGGGGGUCGCGAGGCUGCGCAGUUUGCACGAGACUACCUCUGGGAGUUCGUGAAGAAGCAGCGGGGCUUCUGGUCCGACUGCGACCGGGAGGUCUGCGCCGCCAUACGCAAAGGAUUUGUAGCGUGCCACCAUGCUAUGUGGAAAAAGCUCCCUGAAUGGCCAAAGACACUUACAGGCCUUCCAAGCACAUCGGGCACCACAGCCAGCGUAGUGGUCAUCCGAGGAAACCGUAUGUAUGUUGCCCACGUUGGGGACUCUGCAGUGGUUCUUGGCGUCCAGGAUGACCCAUCAGUCCCAUUCAUCAGAGCUGUGGAAGUCACACAAGACCACAAACCCGAACUGCCCAGAGAGAGGGAGCGUAUCGAAGGUCUGGGAGGGAGUGUGAUCAAGAAAUCUGGUGUGAACCGGGUGGUCUGGAAGAGGCCAAGGCUGAGUCACAACGGCCCCGUCCGGCGGAGCACUGUCAUUGACCAGAUACCGUUCUUGGCAGUAGCCCGGGCUCUUGGUGAUCUGUGGAGCUAUGACUUCUACAGCGGGGAGUUUGUGGUUUCCCCCGAGCCAGACACUAGUGUGGUGAUCCUCGACCCCAGAAAACACCGCUACAUCGUCCUGGGCAGCGACGGCCUGUGGAACAUGGUGCCACCCCAGGAGGCUAUCUCCAUGUGUCAGAACAACGACGAGGCAAUGGCACCAUGUGGGGUAUCAAGUGCCCGUCAGCUGGUCAGCCAUGCUCUGCUACGGUGGCGCCAGCGGAUGUUACGCGCUGACAACACCAGCGCCAUCGUAAUCGCCCUGCAGGAGCCUGGCACCCCCCAGGACACCCUGCACCACGAGGAGGUGCUGCUCGACUUAGCCAAGGUGUCCCAGUGUCCUCCCACCUCCAUAUCCCGCGCUGACACUCCUCUCCUACAGCGCUCUCCAGAGGAAGACUCUCCCUCCGCCGUGUGUGAGCUCCUCCCUGCUUUGGAGCGGCGGGACGGACUGUCAGGAAGCAACAGCCUGUACCACAUGAAUCUGUCUGACCCGUUCGCUCUGGCUCCGCUGUGUCCACACAGUAGUGUUGAGCUGGCCGGUCAGUCCGAGCCCACUGACAGGACAGUCGGCUGCAGGACACCCAACAGCAAAAGAACUAUUGACAGCUCAUCGGCGUCGCAAGCGGGCCCGUCGGCCAAGAAAGCCCGGCGCAGGACUGCCGACAGGCCGCCGCUAGUCCAGCACAAUGCAGAGAAGAAACAGAAGGAGUCCAGUAACGUCUCCCCCAUUCUCCAGCAGCACAACAAGACCACAGUGUGUGUGUGCUGAAACACACACACUGACACAUCAACCUGCUGCCUCCCACUGUCAGCAUCGUCUCCAGUGGCGUUUCUUUUCCUUUUGUUUGCUAUUCUCCUGCACAUUCUCACAGAGGUUGUGGAAAGACCUGCACCAGUACAAUACUUGUUUUUGUGAAGACAUCUUGUGUCUUUGUCUCAAACUUCCUCCCUGAAAUGCAGAUUCUUGUCUUCUUCAGAAUCAAAUGUUUGAUUCAUGUCUUACUUCAAUUCUUUCUGCUAACAGUUGUAAGAAAUAAGUAUAGCUAAUGAUGCUGGUGUAAAUAUUAUCCAUUUUAUAGGUGAACAUUGAAAAGUAAGUCAAACUGUUCAUUUAAAACAAAUAUAUAUUUUUUAUACAUUCUUUAAUGAAACUUUAGAUGAGCUCCACCACAGCCUCCAUCUCCACCUCACUCUCCUCACAUAACAUUGUGUGUACACCCUGUGUUUAAACAUAUUUAUGUAUUUUUAUUCUUAUAACUUUAUCACUGGAGACUUGUCUUGAAUAUAAACUGAAGGUGCUGCUACAGUCACAAACUAUAAGCUACUACAUUGUGUAUAUUGGUAUAUAAAUAUAUGUAAUAAGUGUUGGUAGCAUUCGUCUUUGUUUGACAGCAUGUAUUUUGCCAUAACACAUCUGCCCCGGUGAGGUUUCAAGUGAAGGUAUUAUUAAGUUUUAAUCGCAGACUACAUCCUAAGGGACAGGUCCACUCUCUUAAUCAUCCUACAUUGUUGUAAUUUGUCACAAGAAACUACAUUUUGGUGUCUUGACUUGUGGGCCUGUGAGCCCCCCCAUCCAUACAUCAGGCAGUGAUUUCCUGUGUUUCCGAGAAUGCCUUUCUACAGCCCUCUGCUGUGCUGAAGCUUUAGCAGGAGUGUCUGUCUUUACAACGAUAGAUUUCUCCCUCUGCUGAACGUCCAGGUGGCUCUAAAACAAAGACUUCCUUUGGUUCUGAGGGACCAACACAAAAGCCAAUGUUUACAAUUGAUGAUGAUGAUGAGUAUUUUGUGCGGCCAGACUUCCACUGUGGCCGCACUGGAGGUAUCAGUGAUGUCCUGUUCAUGUUUGGCCAUACAUCUGUAUGAAAAAGAAAAAUGCUCCAUCACAAGCAUGUUGGUCCCUACGGACUGUCUCGCAUCACCAGUCCAUCUUUGUUUGCAACAAGACAAUAACUGUUGAGAGGUUUCUUUAGCAUUCUCCUUAUACAAGCCAUUGUCCCUCCAUGCUGCAGCUGCAGUUGUAUUGUUACUGAUGUAUGCACAAGGCUCAUUUGUGAGUAAAUCCACUCUGCAUGGACUUUCUAAGAGAAUACUUUUGCACUAUUAUGGUGACCUUAAUUGUUUUUGAGAAGGGACUUGUUUUCUGUCCUGAAAAUGAAACUGAUGCAGUCAAAAAUGAAAUUAAAGCAAAUGGAGAAUGUCUUAGGACAAAACUGAUUUUAACUUUAACAAGUUGAAAAUUUGAGUUUGUGGAACAUGGCCGGGCCCUCCUUCUGAUUCUCAAAUGACAGGUGAGAAACAUAAAUUUUUGAGAGCAUAAUGACCAUUACGCAGAUAAUGCGGAUGUCUCAAUCUUUGCAAAACCUUGUUAUGUGACGAUGAUGUAUUUUAAGUGCAAUUUCUAACAAGAAUUUGUAGCAUUAUGGAUUGGUUCAAAAAUAUUGUAUGAUGUUGAUUGACAGUGUUGGAGGAAGGAUAAUGUUCAUGUUUGACAUGUUCUCUUUGAAAAUACUGUCUGUUACUGGGCUCGGGAUCCCUGUAUGAUUUUUAUAUACUAUUUUUGAGUUGUUACUCAUUUAUUAUCCCUGAUUCAGAUGGCUGUGCUAACAGCAUAAAAUGCAUGUGUACAGUGUAAAUGUGAAAAACACUUAUCUGGAAAUAAACCUAUUUAAA